AUGUCCUCUAUCAAUAAGACUCUUUCACACCCCUCUGCCUUCCUUCUGCUGGGCAUUCCUGGGCUGGAAGCUUUCCAUAUCUGGAUAGCCUUCCCCUUCUUUGUUGUUUACCUGAUAGCACUUGUAGGGAAUUUCACAAUCCUCUGUGUGAUCAAGAGUGAGCAGAGCCUUCAUCAGCCCAUGUUCUACUUCCUUGCACUCCUCUCUUGCAUCGAUCUUGGCCUCUCCACCUCUACCAUUCCCAAGAUGCUGAGUAUCUUCUGGUUCAACCUUACAGAGAUAAGCUUUGAAGGUUGCCUCACCCAAAUGUUCUUCAUCCAUACCUACACAGGCAUGGAAUCUGUUGUACUCCUGGCAAUGGCUAUUGACCGUUUUGUUGCCAUCUGUUACCCACUUAGAUAUUCCUCUAUUCUCACCAAUAAGGUGGUAGUUAUCAUGGCUUCUGUUGUAGCAGGGAGGCCUGUCCUUCUUGUCAUUCCUUUCUGCCCACUCCUUAAGCGACUGCCCUUUUGUGGACAUUAUAUUAUUCCUCAUACCUACUGUGAACACAUGGGGAUAGCUCGUCUAGCCUGUGCCAGUAUAAGGAUAAACAUCAUCUAUGGCUUAUUUACCAUUGCUGCUCUGAUCUUUGAUCUAAUUCUCAUUGGUCUCUCUUAUAUUUGGAUCCUAAAGGCUGUUUUUCGCCUUCCUUCUAGGGAUGCCAGACACAAAGCUCUUAGUACAUGUGGUUCCCAUGUCUGUGUCAUCUUGGCCUUUUAUACACCAGCAUUUUUCUCUUUUAUGACCCAUAGAUUUGGUAGAAAUAUUCCUCAUUACAUUCACAUCCUCUUGGCCAAUCUCUAUGUGGUUGUCCCUCCUAGUUUAAAUCCAGUUAUUUAUGGAGUGAGGACGAAACAAAUUAGGGAGGGUGUCAUGAAAAUAUUUGCAAAGAAGGAGUAA